GAUUACCCAAUACUUCGUGAACAAAAUUGAACUGACCUCGAGACAUUGCGCAAAAAUAAGUACCUGAAAAGAAGUCUGAUUGACUAGUGGAUAAGACAAUAGGACCGCACAGAACAUUAUCUCUGUGCUGGUUGGCAUACUUUGUAGGUUAGGUCGUUUCGUAUAUGUAAAUAUAGAUGAAUCGAAGCAACCGUAGACAUUCGUAGUUCGUAGUUCACAGCCUACCUUAUACCUUUUCCCUUUUUCCGCGGUAUAAUGAGCCUGUAGAGUGGCCAAAAGGAGGACCUAUUAGAGCUGGGAGUAGAAUCUCUAGAGCAUGCGCGGUUGAGGUUAGGUUAGGUGGCCGGCUUUGGUUCGCGCUAGCGCAGAAUGACGGAUGUUGCCCACGCGGUCGGCACCCUCGGAAGCAGUUCAAAAACGACUACGCCGCCGCAGAGCAACGGGCCGGUGACCCCUGUGACCUCUGCUGCCGCCUCCGCAGCCGGACCGCGGACUGUGUCCUUCAAUCGGGACGUGCAUGUCAAAAGAAUUGGAUCUCGUUCGGAACCACGAACCUUUCCAACCAAUUCAGCUGUUCGAAAGGAACCGCAGAACUUGUCCGCCGAGGCACUCCGCAAGGAGGCCGAAUUUGUGCUCGCUCAAGCGGAUCGUAUCGAUCGGAACCGCGUGCGUAGCACAGACUCUCAGGAGGACAAAUUCAACUCACUUCCGUUGAGAAAGUCACGUGACAAGGCGACUGUCACGCGUAGCUCCAGUGACGCUGCGUCCAAGAAGCCGCAGAAGAACCUGCUGAGUCUGUUCAAAGCGACGACGAAGACCGAAAGCGGUGCGAAGCCGGUUGAAGACAAACCUAGGCCGACCGUAACGCGUAGCAAGAGUGACGUUGGGCAAGGUCGUCCAGUACGGGACCGUAGAACACCUCGUCGGAACACACAGGAGCUUAAAAAUGACCCACUAACUCCGAUCAUCGAGGCAUCCCCACUGGAAUACACCAAGCCCGUAGAUCCAUUGACGGCGUACACCCAGGAAGCCUUCCCAGCCCGAGCUACUUCAAAGCCAGUAAUGGAAACGAUCGCACUGCUGCGUCAAACGUCCAAAUCCCAGGAAAGACUGCACAGUUCCCAGCUUCCGCCGGAAAAGCCGAACCUCACCAAAGGAGUUACCGUGGAGAACAUCGUGAAACGACUGUCCAGCGAACGACACACCUCACCUCCACCGGCACAGAUCGUCCGUGACGGCUUCUCGUACACCCGACCUGGGGAACCCAUAGUCUACGCCCAGGUCGUCCUCAGUAAUGAAGGCAAGGAGAAGCACACCGUUCGCAACCAAUACGUAGCCAGUGACGAAGAAGUCAAAAAAUCUAGUCCAAUCCAAGACCUCGAAGACGACAGCAGUAGAAUGGCCGCCAAGGAGUACCUCACCAUGAAGCGACCCAGUCCACCGCUCCCUAAAUACACCCUGGAUGAAACAGACAACUUUCCGCGAACCAAAUUCAAGACCUACAACAUAAGCGACGAAGACGAAGGACUCGGAAUCGACUACAGCAAACGGUUCUCUACGUCGUACGUCAAAACCAGCACGGGAGACUCGUUCACCAAUUCCGACGAAGAUCACAUCACCCCAACCGUAAAGUAUUCAGCUCCAGAGCGAUACGUCACACACAGCUACAGUACCAGCUACCGAGGUCAAGCGGAUGGAAAGGAGUACCUUCCGGAAUUCCACGAACUCAGCCAACGUCGCGAGAUCCUCCAGUCACGGUUCCGUAACCGCAUCGGAUCCCGUGAGCUGCUGGACAAAGCGUCACCUGAACGAGACUUGGGAAGAGCAGCCGGUAGCUCCCGGUACGAGAACUACCACCAGCAUGGACUCGUUCGGAGAAGUGUCGAUCGGAUGGCCAGCGAAUCACCGAUCCGACGACGUACAGUGUCUCCACCUCCCGUCGAAGAAGGGCGGAUACAGCGUUCGAAUGCAAAGAAUCAGUACGUUGAGACAUUCGUCACCAAGACGGUGAUCAACCGUGACGGCAAGCCGUACGCGGAAGAGUUCGUCGAGCGGUUCAAGUACCCGAGCAAGAAUGUGGAAGACAUCAAAACUACGAGGACGACGUUCGAGCGGGAUGGUUCGGUGGAGCGAAGGGAGGUGCAGAACUUUACCCGGAACCUGCAGGACAACAGCAUCGUUCGGCAGGACAAAGGCGACUCCGGGAUAGAGAAUGAUUUCAGGAAGGAUUCGUUCAGCACUGAAUUCCCAACGGGACGAAAAUUUUCGCUGGCGCAGAACAUUGUGGCCUGCGAGGGAUUGAUACGGAAUGAGCGAGCCCAUACGACAAGCUGCCUGCGGAAACCACGACGGAUCUACUCUCAUCGGGAGCGAAGCAUUGACGAUGGUAGUCGGUUCGAUCCUCGGCUGGACGAGUACGGGACAGAUCGGGGACACGGUAAAGAGCUGAAGUCGUCGCUGAAGCAGGACAAGAAGGUCGGAGGUUUGGCGAAGGUUAAACAAUUCAUGAGUUCAACCAAGAAGAAGCUGGUCAAGAUGGGCGAAUCGGACAAGAAGGACUCCAGGCAUGGUAGCGUUCGCAGUGAGGACAGACUGCGGUACGAGGAGCAGUACCAGUCGAAGGUCCCUGACAUCGCAACGCGCCGGCGUCUGUCUACGCCCAAGUCCAGCCCAUCGACCACGAAGCGGUCGCUGUCGUUCAAGAGCACCAAGACCAGCGGUAGCGAAGCGAAGGCUUCCCGCUCGGAUUGGUUCAAGUCGUUCGAUCGGCUGUCCCGGAAGAAGUCCGACUCGAAGUCGCAGCUCAGCACCGAUGCAAAGUCCGCGAGCGGAGCGAAGCAGCAGAAGAGUCUGCGCUUCUUCGGCGACACCGACAACGAGUUGGGCGAUCAGGCACCGUACAGACCUAGUCGUUCCAAGUCUUCACUAUCUAAGGUGGACAAGAGAUAUCAAAGCGCUUACGAUUUGGAAGCGACACCAAAGAUCCGAGAGACACGGUACAGAUCUACGUCGAUGCAGAACUUGGACGAAGACGUACGUCAAACUGAUCCCAAGCGAAAAGAUCUCUACGACAUUUCCGAGCACUCGACGAGCUACUCGAGGAUGCGCUCACCGUCACCGUCGACCACCUAUCCGGCCCGGCGGCAGCACAGCAUGAGCAGGGACUACACCCCGGAGCGGGCUACGGCUAGUGGCCGCAAGAGCUACAGUCGAUCGCGGGAGAACAGCGUUGAUCUGCAGGAAUCGCAGGAGCGCUACCACCAGCAACGAUCCAGCCGAAGUCGUAGCGAACAGCAGCACCGGAAACCGCCGGCCGGACCGCAAAAACCGGCACGUUCCUUCGAGCGACGAGGAAGUCUGACAAGAGAGACGGAUCGCGUUCAUGAUAGCUCCGGAACUGAGGGCGAAUCUAGUCAGCAGAGUCAACGCAGUGUUGUGUUCCUGCAUGCUACAACCGUUGGUGACAUCCCGCAUCCGCACAUUGCAAACGCGCACCGGAUGGCCUUCUCCAGGGAGUCGUUGAACAGCUCGAAGAAGGUCCAGCCGAUGACGCGGACCAUCUCGCGCUCGAUCUCGGUGCUAGCACCGUGGAAGCCCAAACACAUCCGGGAAGGGUACGAGAUCAACUACCACAACGACCAGCACCAGCAGCAGCAGACGGUGUCCCGACCGGUGUCUACGCUGCCACGCCCGCUGAAGAACCGAUCCCACAGCCAGUCGACGUUGAGUCGCACCAAGCAGAAGACGCGCCGAAGUCACACCGGAUCGAAAGACGAUCUGGACUCGGACAAGAGUUCGUCGUUCGAGAAUUCGAGGACCGGGUACGGCAGUGGUGGUGGUGGUGGAACUCCUCAUCGUAGCGGAGGUCAUCAGACGCACUCGCUGCCGAGGAGGUCGCUGACGGCCGCGCAAUCCAGUAGCUCGAGAACUAACACGCUGCAGAAGCAUCGGAGAAUCUAACCCGCGUGCGCGUUUAACACAACACGCUGACGAAAAUCUAAUCGCGACAGAUGUAAAAGUAAUCCUCCCUCGUUUUAAGCAACUUCUCACGGAUUUCUAUUUAUUGUUUGUGAUCGACACACGUGGUAGAGUGAGUUUUAAUUAGAUGUUUUGGAUAUUUUAAAAGCUGAUCACCUCUACUAUCUUUGCGUAAAAGUAUAACAGCAGAUGGGAAAUUGUUACAGAAAAGUAUAACGUUUGUUUUGUGAGAAAUUUUAACUAGCAAAAAGGAUAAAAUAUGUGUACUAAAAUGUAAUAAAGAAUGAGUCAAACUCGAGAUAUGCACUAA